GGGAGGAGGCGGCGGCGGCGGCUAGCGAGGAGCCAGAGCCGGGUCCUGCAGCAGGACUCCCGGGAGCCACCAUCAUGGUGAAGAGGAAGAGCUCCGAGGGCCAGGAGCAGGACAGCGGCCGCGGCAUCCCCCUGCCCAUCCAGACCUUCCUGUGGCGGCAAACCAGUGCAUUUUUGAGGCCUAAACUGGGGAAGCAAUAUGAAGCCUCAUGUGUGUCUUUUGAACGAGUGUUGGUUGAAAACAAGCUUCAUGGCCUCUCUCCGGCCCUCUCUGAAGCCAUCCAGAGCAUUUCCAGGUGGGAGCUGGUGCAAGCUGCUUUGCCUCACGUGCUCCACUGCACAGCAACCCUGCUUUCAAACAGGAACAAGCUUGGCCACCAGGAUAAACUGGGUGUUGCUGAAACAAAGCUCCUUCACACCCUGCACUGGAUGCUCCUGGAGGCCCCCCAGGACUGCAACAGUGAACGGUUUGGGGGCACAGACCGAGGCUCCAGCUGGGGUGGCAGCAGCAGUGCUUUCAUCCACCAGGUUGAAAACCAGGGUUCCCCAGGGCAGCCCUGCCAGAGCAGCUCCAAUGAUGAAGAAGAGAACAGCCGGAGGAAGAUCUUUCAGAACUCCAUGGCUACUGUGGAGCUCUUUGUCUUUCUCUUUGCUCCUUUGGUACACAGGAUCAAGGAAUCUGACCUCACCUUCCGACUGGCCAGUGGGCUUGUUAUAUGGCAGCCCAUGUGGGAGCACAGACAGCCUGAAGUCUCUGGAUUCACAGCACUGGUGAAGCCCAUCAGGAACAUUAUUACAGCCAAGAGAAGUUCUCCUAUCAACAGUCAAAGUCAGACCUGUGAAUCACCAAACCAAGACACAAGACACCGAGAGGGACUCCAGGUGGUCUGUGAGACAUUCCAAUCAGAUUCCAUCUCACCCAAGGCCACCAUUUCAGGCUGCCACCGAGGAAACUCCUUUGAUGGAAGUCUGUCUUCUCAAACUUCCCAGGAAAGAGGCCCAUCACAUUCCAGGGCCACUCUCGUGAUACCUCCGUGCCAACGGUCCCGCUAUGCCACCUACUUUGAUGUUGCUGUUCUCCGCUGCCUACUCCAGCCCCAUUGGUCUGAGGAAGGCACCCAGUGGUCUCUGAUGUACUAUCUACAAAGGCUGCGACACAUGCUGGAAGAGAAGCCAGAAAAGCCUCCAGAGCCUGAUAUUCCUCUCCUGCCCAGACCCAGGAGCAGCUCAAUGGUGGCGGCUGCUCCCUCACUAGUGAACACCCACAAAACUCAAGAUCUCACCAUGAAGUGUAAUGAAGAGGAAAAAUCUCUUAGUCCCGAGGCCUUUUCCAGGGUUUCACUGACCAAUUUGCGUAGGUCUGCAGUACCAGAUCUUUCUUCAGACCUGGGCAUGAACAUUUUUAAGAAGUUCAAGAGCCGCAAAGAAGACCGAGAGAGGAAAGGCUCCAUUCCCUUCCACCACACGGGGAAGAGGAGGCCGCGAAGAAUGGGGGUGCCCUUCCUGCUUCACGAGGACCACCUGGAUGUGUCCCCCACCCGUAGCGCAUUCUCCUUUGGAAGUUUCUCGGGGCUUGGAGAAGACAGGCGAAGCCUUGAAAAAGGAAGUUGGCAAACCACCAUUUUAGGGAAAUUGACCCGGCGGGGCAGUUCAGAUGCAGCCACUGAGAUGGAGAGCCUGAGCGCCAGGCACUCCCACUCCCAUCACACGCUGGUGAGUGACCUGCCGGACCACCCCAACAGCCACGGAGAGAACACAGUCAAGGAAGUGCGAUCCCAGAUCUCCACUAUCACAGUUGCAACCUUCAAUACCACAUUGGCGUCAUUCAACGUAGGCUACGCAGACUUUUUCAGUGAGCAUAUGAGGAAACUCUGCAACCAAGUACCUAUCCCAGAGAUGCCACAUGAACCCCUGGCAUGUGCAAACCUGCCUCGAAGCCUCACAGAUUCCUGCAUAAACUACAGCUACUUGGAGGACACAGAACAUAUUGAUGGGACCAACAACUUUGUCCACAAGAAUGGCAUGCUUGAUCUGUCUGUGGUUCUGAAGGCUGUUUAUCUUGUGCUUAACCAUGACAUCAGCUCUCGAAUCUGUGAUGUGGCACUAAACAUUGUGGAAUGCUUGCUCCAACUUGGUGUGGUACCCUGUGUAGAAAAAAACAGAAAGAAGAGUGAAAACAAGGAAAACGAGACUCUGGAAAAGAGGCCAAGUGAGGGAACUUUCCAGUUCAAGGGAGUAUCUGGAAGUUCCACCUGUGGAUUCGGGGGCCCUUCAGUUAGUGGAGCUGGAGAUGGUGGAGGAGAAGAAGGUGGAGGUGGAAAUGGAGGAGGUGGAGGAGGUGAUGGAGGAGGAGGCGGAGGAGGUGGAGGUGGCCCUUAUGAGAAGAGUGAUAAGAACCAAGAGAAGGAUGAAAGUACGCCUGUAAGCAACCAUAGGCUUGCUCUAACCAUGCUCAUCAAAAUAGUGAAAUCUUUGGGAUGUGCCUAUGGUUGCGGAGAAGGACACCGAGGGCUCUCUGGAGAUCGUCUGAGACACCAGGUAUUCCGAGAGAAUGCCCAGAACUGCCUCACUAAGUUAUACAAGCUAGAUAAGAUGCAGUUCCGACAAACCAUGAGGGACUAUGUGAACAAGGACUCUCUCAAUAACGUAGUGGACUUCUUGCAUGCUUUGCUAGGAUUUUGUAUGGAGCCGAUCACUGACAACAAGGCUGGGUUUGGAAACAACUUCACCACGGUGGACAACAAAUCCACAGCCCAAAAUGUGGAAGGCGUUAUUGUCAGUGCCAUGUUUAAGUCCCUCAUCACACGCUGUGCUUCGACCACACAUGAACUGCACAGCCCUGAGAAUCUGGGGCUGUAUUGUGACAUCCGUCAGCUGGUCCAGUUUAUCAAAGAGGCUCAUGGGAACGUCUUCCGGAGGGUGGCCCUCAGUGCUUUGCUUGACAGUGCCGAGAAGUUAGCACCAGGGAAAAAGGUGGAGGAGAAUGAACAGGAAUCUAAGCCUGUAGGCAGUAAAAGGUCAGAGGCGGGAAGUGUUGUGGAUAAAGGCCAGGCGCCCUCUGCACCUGAGGAAUGUCGCAGCUUCAUGUCCGGCCGCCCCUCACAGACUCCGGAGCACGACGAACAAAUGCCGGGGGGCAAUCUUGGGCGGAAAGAUUUCUGGCGCAAGAUGUUCAAAUCCCAGAGUGCAGCAAGUGACACAAGCAGCCAGUCUGAGCAGGACACUUCGGAAUGUACCACUGCCCACUCAGGGACCACCUCCGACCGGCGCGCCCGCUCACGGUCUCGCAGAAUUUCCCUCCGGAAGAAGCUUAAACUCCCCAUAGGAAACUGGCUGAAACGAUCCUCCCUCUCGGGCCUAGCAGAUGGCGUGGAGGACCUCCUGGACAUCAGCUCUGUGGACCGCCUGUCUUUCAUUAGGCAAAGCUCCAAGGUUAAAUUCACUAGUGCUGUGAAGCUUUCUGAAGGUGGUCCAGGGAGUGGAAUGGAAAAUGGAAGAGAUGAAGAGGAAAAUUUCUUCAAGCGUCUUGGUUGCCACAGCUUCGACGACCAUCUCUCUCCCAACCAAGAUGGUGGAAAAAGCAAAAACGUGGUGAAUCUUGGAGCGAUCCGACAGGGCAUGAAACGCUUUCAAUUUCUCUUAAACUGCUGUGAGCCAGGCACAAUUCCUGAUGCGUCCAUCCUGGCAGCCGCUUUGGAUCUAGAAGCCCCUGUAGUGGCCCGAGCAGCCCUGUUCCUGGAAUGUGCCCGUUUUGUUCACCGCUGCAAUCGUGGCAACUGGCCAGAGUGGAUGAAAGGGCAUCACGUGAACAUCACCAAGAAAGGCCUUUCCCGGGGACGGUCUCCCAUUGUGGGCAACAAGCGGAACCAGAAGCUGCAGUGGAACGCUGCCAAGCUCUUCUACCAGUGGGGAGACGCAAUUGGCAUCCGAUUGAACGAGCUGUGCCACGGGGAAAGUGAGAGCCCAGCCAACCUGCUGGGUCUCAUUUAUGAUGAGGAGACCAAGAGGAGACUGAGAAAGGAGGAUGAGGAGGAAGACUUUUUAGAUGACAGUACUGUGAACCCCUCUAAAUGUGGCUGUCCCUUUGCCUUGAAGAUGGCGGCGUGCCAGCUUCUCCUGGAGAUUACCACCUUCCUGCGGGAGACCUUUUCUUGCCUUCCCAGACCUCGCACCGAACCGCUGGUGGACUUGGAGACCUGCAGACAUCAUCUGGAUCCUGAGAUGGACCGGCACAGAUAUGAGAGGAAGAUCAGCUUUGCUGGGGUCCUGGAUGAAAAUGAAGACUCAAAAGAUUCUCCCCACAGCAGCAGCCACACCCUCAAAUCAGAUGCAGGUGUUGAGGAGAAGAAAGAAGGGAGUCCUUGGAGUGCAAGUGAGCCCAGCAUUGAGCCAGAGGGAAUGAGUAAUGCCGGCACAGAGGAAAAUUACCACAGGAACAUGUCAUGGCUUCAUGUCAUGAUCUUGCUGUGCAAUCAGCAAAGCUUCAUCUGCCCUCAUGUUGACUACUGCCACCCGCACUGCUACCUGCACCACAGCCGCUCCUGCGCACGGCUGGUCAGGGCCAUCAAGCUGCUCUACGGAGACAGCGUGGACUCCCUGCGGGAGAGCAACAGUGUAAGCAGCGUGGCUCUCCGGGGCAAGAAACAGAAAGAGUGCUCAGAUAAGUCAUGUCUGAGGACACCUUCUCUGAAGAAGAGAGUUUCAGAUGCCAACCUGGAAGGGAAAAAGGAUUCUGGAAUGCUGAAGUACAUCAGACUUCAGGUGAUGAGCUUGUCGCCUGCUCCCUUAUCUCUGUUAAUCAAGGCAGCUCCGAUUCUGACAGAGGAGAUGUAUGGAGACAUCCAGCCAGCUGCCUGGGAGCUCCUGCUCAGCAUGGACGAGCACAUGGCAGGGGCAGCAGCUGCCAUGUUCCUGCUGUGUGCCGUGAAGGUCCCUGAGGCUGUGUCUGACAUGCUCAUGUCAGAGUUCCACCACCCAGAGACUGUGCAGAGGCUGAAUGCUGUCCUCAAGUUCCAUACGCUCUGGAGGUUUCGCUAUCAGGUCUGGCCCCGGAUGGAAGAGGGAGCGCAGCAGAUUUUCAAGAUCCCACCUCCCAGUAUAAACUUCACCCUGCCCUCACCAGUGCUUGGAAUGCCAUCCGUUCCAAUGUUUGACCCUCCGUGGGUCCCUCAGUGCAGCGGGAGUGUCCAGGACCCCAUUAAUGAAGACCAGUCUAAAUCCUUUUCAGCCCGGGCUGUGUCCCGCUCCCAUCAAAGGGCAGAACACAUCUUAAAGAAUUUGCAGCAGGAGGAAGAGAAGAAACGUCUUGGUCGAGAAGCCAGCCUCAUCACUGCUAUCCCCAUCACCCAGGAAGCUUGCUAUGAGCCCACCUGCACGCCCAGCUCAGAGCCAGAAGAGGAAGUAGAAGAAGUCACCAAUCUGGCGUCUCGUCGGCUGUCUGUAAGUCCAUCCUGUACCUCCAGCACUUCCCACAGGAAUUACUCCUUCCGCCGCGGGUCGGUCUGGUCAGUGCGUUCAGCUGUCAGUGCCGAAGAUGAGGAACACACCACUGAGCACACGCCAAACCACCACAUGCCUCAGCCCCCGCAAGCAGUAUUCCCAGCAUGCAUCUGUGCAGCGGUGCUGCCCAUCGUGCAUCUGAUGGAGGAUGGGGAGGUGCGCGAAGAUGGAGUAGCAGUGAGUGCUGUGGCCCAGCAAGUCUUAUGGAAUUGUCUCAUUGAAGAUCCAUCAACAGUUCUUCGACACUUUCUGGAAAAACUGACCAUCAGCAAUAGACAAGAUGAGUUAAUGUACAUGCUGCGCAAACUUCUUUUAAAUAUUGGAGACUUUCCUGCCCAGACAUCUCACAUCCUAUUCAACUACUUGGUGGGGUUAAUCAUGUACUUCGUGAGGACCCCCUGCGAAUGGGGGAUGGACGCCAUCUCAGCCACACUGACGUUCCUGUGGGAGGUGGUGGGGUACGUGGAGGGCCUCUUCUUCAAGGAUCUCAAGCAGACGAUGAAGAAGGAGCAGUGUGAGGUGAAGCUCCUGGUGACCGCUUCAAUGCCAGGUACCAAAACCUUGGUAGUUCACGGACAGAAUGAAUGUGAUAUCCCAACCCAGUUACCAGUCCAUGAAGACACUCAAUUUGAAGCUCUGUUGAAGGAGUGUCUGGAGUUCUUUAAUAUCCCAGAAUCCCAGUCAACACAUUAUUUCCUCAUGGAUAAACGAUGGAACCUUAUCCACUACAAUAAGACCUAUGUCCGAGAUAUUUAUCCUUUCCGGAGGUCAGUAUCUCCACAGCUGAACCUCGUACAUAUGCAUCCAGAGAAAGGACAAGAGCUCAUUCAGAAACAGGUGUUCACUCGGAAGCUGGAGGAAGUGGGGCGGGUGUUGUUUCUCAUCUCCCUAACCCAGAAGAUCCCCACAGCCCACAAACAGUCCCACGUCUCCAUGCUCCAAGAAGACCUCCUCCGACUGCCUUCCUUCCCUCGCAGUGCUAUUGAUGCUGAGUUUUCACUCUUCAGUGAUCCUCAAGCUGGGAAGGAACUGUUCGGCCUCGACACGCUUCAGAAAAGCUUGUGGAUCCAGCUCCUGGAGGAGAUGUUCCUGGGCAUGCCAAGCGAGUUUCCCUGGGGUGAUGAAAUCAUGCUAUUCCUCAACGUUUUUAAUGGGGCUCUGAUCCUGCACCCAGAAGACAGUGCCCUGCUCAGGCAGUAUGCUGCCACCGUCAUCAACACCGCUGUGCAUUUCAAUCACCUCUUCUCUCUCAGCGGCUACCAGUGGAUUCUCCCCACCAUGCUUCAGGUGUAUUCGGACUAUGAAAGCAAUCCCCAGUUGCGUCAAGCCAUCGAAUUCGCCUGCCACCAGUUCUACAUUCUGCACCGGAAGCCCUUUGUGCUCCAGCUGUUUGCUAGUGUGGCGCCUCUCCUGGAAUUUCCUGAUGCUGCCAAUAAUGGGCGCAGCAAAGGUGUGUCAGCUCAGUGCCUGUUUGACUUGCUGCAGUCCCUGGAGGGAGAGACCACUGACAUAUUAGACAUCUUAGAGCUAGUCAAAGCUGAGAAGCCUCUUAAGUCAUUAGAUUUCUGCUAUGGAAAUGAAGAUCUGACAUUCUCUAUUAGUGAAGCCAUUAAGCUCUGUGUUACUGUGGUGGCAUAUGCUCCUGAAUCAUUCAGAAGUCUUCAGAUGCUGAUGGUCUUGGAAGCUUUAGUUCCGUGUUACCUACAAAAGCUAAAGAGGCAGACGUCACAGGUGGAGACUGUACCAGCUGCCCGAGAGGAGAUUGCUGCCACAGCUGCUCUUGCAACAUCCCUACAGGCCCUUUUAUACAGUGUGGAGGUCCUCACCAGGCCCAUGACUGCCCCACAGAUGAGCAGGUGUGACCAAGGUCAUAAGGGAACCACUACAGCCAAUCAUACCAUGUCGUCUGGGGUAAACACCAGGUACCAGGAACAAGGAGCCAAACUGCACUUCAUCAGGGAAAACCUUCACUUACUGGAGGAAGGGCAAGGCCUUCCCCGAGAGGAACUAGAUGAACGAAUUGCACGAGAAGAGUUCAGAAGACCCCGGGAGUCCUUGCUGAAUAUUUGCACAGAAUUCUACAAGCACUGUGGGCCAAGGCUGAAGAUCUUGCAGAACCUGGCUGGGGAGCCACGGGUCACUGCCCUGGAGCUGCUGGAUGUCAAGUCCCACAUGAGGUUGGCAGAAAUUGCACACUCCCUUCUGAAGCUGGCACCAUAUGACACCCAGACAAUGGAGAGCCGGGGGCUUCGGCGCUACAUCAUGGAGAUGCUGCCCAUUACCGACUGGACAGCCGAGGCAGUGAGGCCAGCCCUUAUUCUCAUUUUAAAGAGAUUGGAUAGGAUGUUCAACAAAAUUCAUAAGAUGCCUACUUUGAGGCGACAGGUUGAGUGGGAGCCUGCCAGCAAUUUGAUUGAAGGGGUUUGUUUGACACUUCAGAGGCAGCCAAUCAUAUCCUUCCUGCCUCACCUUAGGUCACUGAUCAAUGUCUGUGUCAAUCUGGUGAUGGGAGUGGUAGGACCUUCCAGUGUUGCUGAUGGAUUACCCCUUCUUCAUCUCAGCCCUUAUCUCUCACCACCUCUGCCCUUCAGCACAGCUGUUGUCCGGCUUGUAGCAUUGCAGAUACAGGCUUUAAAAGAAGAUUUUCCUUUAAGCCAUGUGAUCUCCCCUUUCACCAAUCAAGAGCGAAGGGAAGGGAUGCUUUUAAAUCUCCUCAUCCCAUUUGUGCUCACAGUAGGAUCUGGAAGCAAAGAUAGCCCGUGGCUGGAGCAGCCUGAGGUGCAGCUGCUGCUGCAGACGGUCAUUAAUGUGCUCCUGCCACCACGGAUCAUCAGUACGUCCAGGAGCAAGAACUUCAUGUUGGAGAGCUCCCCUGCCCACUGCUCCACCCCUGGGGAUGCAGGGAAAGACUUACGCAAGGAAGGGCUGGCCGAGUCCACCAGCCAAGCAGCAUACUUGGCGCUGAAGGUGAUUCUCGUCUGCUUUGAGAGGCAGCUGGGAAGCCAGUGGUACUGGCUGAGCCUGCAGGUGAAGGAGAUGGCUCUGCGGAAGGUGGGGGGCCUGGCCCUGUGGGACUUCCUCGACUUCAUCGUGCGGACCCGAAUCCCCAUCUUCGUGCUCUUGCGCCCUUUCAUCCAGUGCAAGCUCCUGGCCCAACCUGCAGAGAAUCAUGAAGAGCUUUCUGCCCGGCAACAUAUUGCUGACCAGCUGGAGCGGCGCUUCAUACCACGCCCACUGUGUAAGAGCUCACUCAUUGCUGAGUUCAACAGUGAACUAAAAAUUCUAAAAGAGGCGGUUCACAGUGGAUCAGCCUACCAAGGGAAGACAUCCAUCAGUACCGUGGGCACCUCCACCUCUGCUUACCGCCUGAGCCUGGCCACCAUGUCCCGCUCUAACACAGGCACGGGCACUGUCUGGGAGCAGGACAGUGAGCAAUCCCAGCAGGCUUCACAGGACACCCUGAGUCGGACUGAUGAGGAGGAUGAGGAAAAUGACUCUGUUAGCAUGCCCAGUGUGGUAAGUGAGCAAGAAGCUUACCUCCUGAGUGCCAUUGGAAGGAGGCGGUUCUCCAGUCACGUCUCCAGCAUGUCUGCACCUCAGGCUGAGGUGGGCAUGUUACCCAGCCAGAGUGAACCUAAUGUCCUCGAUGACUCCCAGGGCCUGGCCGCUGAGGGCAGCCUCUCUAGGGUGGCAAGUGUACAGAGUGAGCCUGGCCAACAGAACCUCCUCAUUCAACAGCCACUGGGGAGGAAGAGGGGCCUGAGACAGCUAAGACGUCCUCUUCUAUCACGUCAGAAGACUCAGACUGAAUCCAAAAACCGCCAUGGGGCUCGGCUGUCAACCACUCGCAGGAGCAUUCAACCUAAAACAAAGCCAUCUGCAGACCAGAAACGAUCUGUGACCUUCACUGAAGCUCAGCCAGAGCCAGCAGCUGCCCCAGUAGACACAUUUCCUGCCACAGGCCAACCACAGGGCUGCAGCCCAGCCCCAUCUAGGAAACCAGAGGGAAUGGACGAACCAGUGCUCACAUCCUCCCCUGCCAUAGUUGUAGCAGAUCUCCACAGCCUGUCUCCCAAGCAGAGUGAGCCUGUCUCCGCUGAAGGAGAAAAGGAGGAGGACACAGAAGCACAAGGUGCUGCCGCACACAGCCUCCUCUCUACUCAACUCUCAGAUCCUGAUGACUUCACAGGCUUGGAGACAUCCAGCCUCCUACAGCAUGGAGACACUGUCCUUCACAUCAGCGAGGAAAACGGCAUGGAGAACCCCCUGCUGUCCAGCCAGUUCACUUUUACUCCCACUGAGCUGGGGGAGACGGAUGUAGUCCUAGAUGAGUCUCAUGUUUAAUUCUGUAUCUUGUAAGCAUUGCAGGUAAAGAGAAGACUUGGAAGGGAUCACUCUGCUGAAAGUUGAAUAUUUUUGCUUGAAAAAUAAUAAUUAUACGACAGCACUUUACAUCCAAUGGGUGGCACAAAUCUGAGUAGAUUUUGCUGCCAAUAUGCAUAAUGUUUCAUAAACAUCUUAAAAAUCGAUGGCUAAAAGGAUUUAGUUAUGUGAAAAACCAUAAAACCAGGGAGGAAUAUGGGGAAAGAGCCAUUUCACUAAACAUUGUUUAUGAUUUAAGAAGCCUUGAGUAGAUGAAAAUAAAUACUAUUUCAGUGCUGCUUGCAUAGGAAUAUUUACAAUAUGUUCUAAAAAAGAAAUGCAAU